AUGUCUACUACUGCUGGAAGGAUUCCUCGUCCACCGGAGCAUAUUAUGCGCUAUCCAUUGCACAAUGUCGCCAAGGUUUUUGGAAAUAUGGCGCUUGCAUCUUCCUUUUUGUCUGCAAUUGCUUACGCUUAUUUCUACGUAUUGCCUCGUCGUCAUCAAUAUCGCGUGUUUAUGCAAAAUUAUGACCCGUAUGAGGAGAUGCGUCGUAUCUGUGCUUAUCCAAAGAAGUAUAUGAUCACCUGCCCUACUGUUUUGGCUGAAAAGUUGAAGGAGAAGGUUUAUUAUUGAGGAAUUUGAAUGAUCUGGGUUUAGACACUAGUAGGGAGGGUUAACCUGGCCAAAUUUUCGAUUUGGGUUGGAAAUGGUGAAGCUGAAAAACCCUGAUCCUUGGUAGCAAUGACCAGUUGCUUUAUUUUGUGAUAAAUCCACAACCUUGUGAAAUAUCCUGGUCUGGCCUCCAGAGCCUUGUAAAAUUAAAGCGUGGUUUGGUGCAGGUCGUAACUGUGGGUUGCACAAAUUUCGCAGUUUUCAAUUUCGGAUUUGGAAGAUAUUUUUUCAAGAAAGGGUUAAAGAAUGAAACAACGGGCUCCCUUUUGUUUUUUUGGUUCUAAACAACGGGCUCCCCUUUGUUCUACAUAAUUUUUUUUUUGAUUGCAAACAGCCUGCUUUUCUUAAAAUCUCUAUUUUUAACGUUACUUGUUUUGGGAAUCCCUUCCAAAAAAGGCCUAAAAAAUAUUUGAAUCACCCUUUAUAUUUUAAAUGCCUUAAUUCUUUUUUC